AUGUCUGCGCCUACAGCCUCCAAUGCUUCCUCUAUUUCCAUUGUCAAACCUAGUGCAGAAGAGAUUGAACGCCGAAGGGCCAAAUUAUCCCUUCUUUUUGAUAGAUAUAAAGACAAAUUUACAACUUUGCCAAAGGAGAAUGGUUGGAUAGUUGAAAACCUUUACAUGUACCAAGGGUUUUGGCUUAUGUCACAGAGCUUAUACUCACUUGAAACUGUGAUGGCUGCACAAGACACUUUUCAAGCUCAUCCAAAUGAUAUCUAUUUGGUCACAUUACCAAAAUCAGGCACAACAUGGAUCAAGGCACUUGUGUUUGCUAUAAUGAACCGAAAUCGGUACAAAAACAAGUCUCUUUCAACUCAUCCUCUCCUCAUCUCUAACCCUCAUCAUUGUGUGCCUUUCGUUGAGGAUGAAAGUUUGAGAACCGAACCUUCCUAUCUUGACGCACAUUCGGCACGUCUCUUUGCUACACAUAUUCCUUACACUUUAUUGCCUCAAUCCAUUCUUGAUUCUGGUUGUCGUUUAGUUUAUAUGUGUAGAAACCCUAAAGAUCUCUUGGUUUCAUUGUUUCACUUUGUAAAUAAGGUGAGAGGCAAAUCUCGUGGUCUAAUGACAAUUGAAGAGUUGUUUCAUAUGUUCAGUAAAGGUGUCAGUCCAUAUGGACCAUACUGGGAUCAUGUGAAAGCCUACUAUAACAUCAGUUUAGAACACCCAACAAGGAUUCUCUUUCUGACAUAUGAAAGUAUGAAAUUAGAUACUGUAAACAAUGUGAAGCGCCUUGCAGAGUUCUUGGGCUUCCCUUUCACAGAGGAGGAAAAUGCCAAAGGUGUUGUGGAAGAGAUUGUGAGUCUAUGCAGUUUCGAAAACUUAAGUGAAGUUAAUAAGCACGGUAAUUUUCUUGUGGGUGUACCUAAUAAUAUUUUCUUCAGGGAAGGUAAAGUUGGCAACUGGAGCAACCAUCUCACAUCUGAAAUGAGCCAAACUUUGGACCAAAUUACCAAUGAAAAGUUCAAUGGUUUGGACAUCUCAUUCUAAGUAGAGCGUAUUCCAUCAAUGAAUGUGUAAGAUUUUACCCUUCGGUUCACUUGUUUUCAAAUUUUACUGUUCUUGAUUGUAAUCGUAAGUUUUCCAUAAGCUAUCUAUUUGUAUUCCGUACAGAUAGCUCUAGUUUGUUUCCUUGGAUGUUAUCAGUAUAUUCAUACUUUUAAUCUUCCAAAAGAUUGUGUAAAAAAGUGUAUUCACCCC